GCCGCCCGCCCCCUCCCCUCCCUCCCUCCCCUCCCCUCCCCUCCCCUCCCCCCUGGGCCCGGCGCCCCCCCCGCCCCCACCCCCCCCAUGGACAUGCUGGACCCGGGUCUGGAUCCUGCUGCCUCGGCUACCGCUGCUGCUGCCGCCGCCAGUCACGACAAGGGACCCGAGGCAGAGGAGGGCGUCGAGCUGCAGGAAGGCGGGGACGGCCCUGGGGCGGAGGAGCAGACGGCGGUGGCCAUCGCCAGCGUCCAGCAGGCGGCGUUCGGCGACCACAACAUCCAGUACCAAUUCCGCACAGAGAAUAAUGGAGGACAGGUGACAUACCGCGUAGUCCAGGUGACUGAUGGUCAGCUGGACGGCCAGGGCGACACAGCAGGCGCCGUCAGCGUCGUGUCUACGGCUGCCUUCGCGGGGGGGCAGCAGGCUGUGACCCAGGUGGGUGUGGAUGGGGCCACCCAGCGCCCCGGCCCCGCUGCUGCCUCUGUGCCCCCAGGUCCCGCAGCGCCCUUCCCACUGGCUGUAAUCCAAAAUCCCUUCAGCAAUGGUGGCAGCCCGGCAGCUGAGGCUGUCAGUGGGGAGGCACGAUUUGCCUAUUUCCCAGCGUCCAGUGUGGGAGAUACCACGGCUGUGUCCGUACAGACCACAGACCAGAGCUUGCAGGCUGGAGGCCAGUUCUAUGUCAUGAUGACGCCCCAGGAUGUGCUUCAGACAGGAACGCAGAGGACAAUUGCACCCCGGACACACCCCUACUCCCCGAAAAUCGACGGAACCAGGACACCACGGGAUGAGAGAAGGAGAGCUCAACAUAAUGAAGUGGAGCGGAGGCGGAGGGACAAGAUCAACAACUGGAUCGUCCAGCUUUCAAAAAUCAUUCCAGAUUGUAAUGCAGAUAAUAGCAAGACAGGAGCGAGUAAAGGAGGGAUCCUGUCGAAGGCCUGCGACUACAUCCGGGAGCUGCGCCAGACCAACCAGCGCAUGCAGGAGACCUUCAAGGAGGCCGAGCGGCUGCAGAUGGACAAUGAGCUCCUGAGGCAGCAGAUCGAGGAGCUGAAGAACGAGAACGCCGUGCUCCGCGCCCAGCUGCAGCAGCACAACCUGGAGAUGGUGGGCGAGAGCGCCCGGCAGUGACGCCCUCGCCCCGUGCGGCGGGGGCCGCCUCUGGGCCCCUGCCGUCCCUUUCCCCAGCCCUUAGCACAGAGAGGGACAGACGCCCCUCCCCCAGCUGCGUUUUUUUAUAGUAGAUUUUUAACAAAAAAAGGGGAGAAAUAAUGCAUUUCUGUGGAUAAGCACCCACUGCUCUCCUCAACUUGGAAACAAUAUCCUCCCUGCCCGUCUGUCUGUCUCCCUUCUCCCGGCCCCCACUCAGCCCUGGCACUUCUAGUGGUCUCACCUGGAGGCAAGAGGGAGGAGGACAGAGCCCCUGCCAUACCCCACUGCCUCCUUGGACUCUAGAGGUACUGAGACAGGGUGCUUAUGGGAAGGAGGGGAGCCUUUGGGGGGCCAGCCCUGGGGCCUGGACCUAAGCAGGGAGGCCAUGCCCCACCCCACCUCUUGUUUCUGGAACCCUGCUCCCCUUUGGGUGUGUGAGUGUGUUCUAAUUUUCUUUAUGGAAAAAAUGGACAAAAAAAUAGAGAGAGAGAGAGGUAUUUAACUGCAAUAAACUGGCCCCAUGUGGCCCCGCCUUGUC